AACGAGACCGCAGCAGAAAAAGAUAUUAAAUGCUGUUAAGGAACGGCUAGUGGCUAUAUCGACACAUACAUAUAAGUAUCUAUACAUGUAUCUAUAUCGAUGAAUGUGCUACCUGCUAGCUGUGUCAAUUUUUGAGUGCGGAGCGCGGAAAAGUGAACAAUCAACGAUCAGAUUAUCCAUUCGAAGCAACAAGUAAACGAGUAAACAGUACCAGAACUAAGUAGAGACGACGACUACGACACCAGAAAACUAUGACGACACAGCAAUUGCUCAAUAAAAAUGUGCGCACAAUGCCCAAAUGGGUGAAAUCUGUGCUUUCAAAACAGACUGAGGCGAAUGAACGUAUUGGUCCGAAACCGCCACCAACGCCUCCAAAUGGCGCUGCGACUACCAAUGGAACGACGCCGAAGGCGCCAGCACUGCCGCCAAAGACGAAAAAUCAGCCGGAGCCAGACUAUGAAGUCAUUGAGUUCAGCAAUCAGCAAUACUCUAAUGAGCCAAUGAAGACAACAGUGAUUCGAACUAAAACUCCAGAAAAUAAGCUUAAAUGCACAUUGUGCGGCUCACAGAAUCCCUGGGUUACUUGCGGCGAGUGCUCGGGUCAGUUGUUUUGCGCCUCUUGUGAUGACAUGUUCCACAAACACCCCAAACGCAAGAACCACGUGCGCAAGGCCGUUGAGCAGGGUACACCACCUAUACCACCAAAGGCUCAGGCGGGCGGGGCACCACCCGUUGCACCACCUCGACGUGGCAAACGCGGCCUGCUGACACCGUUUCUGGGUCGCAAGGAACAGACGCAGACCACGGGCACGCCACCGCUGCCCCCGCCUUCGCCCACGCCCUCCCAAAAGUCAAGCUCUUGGCGUGGUCUUAUGAUGAACAGUCGUCCGCUGCCCGAUCCACCCAAGCCGACACCCAGCGAGGGCGGUGGCUCAUCGCGCUCGGGCACGCCCAAGUCUGUGUUCGAUAACAUACAGCGACCGCCCUCAGUGCAGCUUGAGAAGAUCAAGAGCAAGGCCAGUGCCACGCUGGAUCGCAUGGCUAUAUUGCAGCAACGAUAUCGCCAGCAUAAGGCGCAACAGGAGUUGGGGGGCUCGCGCAGCGAUGUGGCCAGCGAUCAGCUAUUGCCAAAUGGUGGCACCUUUGAGCAUUGGUCAAACAUUUCACCAUCGCCCUCGCAUUUUCGUUCCGGCAGCAUGUCAUCCGGUUUGAAUUCAUCACAUUUUGACCUAUCGGAUGAUUCACACAAUUUUCACAAUUCCCUGUUGUUCCAACAACAACAACGACAGGCAGCGGGCGCUCAGCGUCGCCAAAUGAGCACAUCCGUCUUCAAUUUGAACAGCUUAAACAGGCGACCUCCGACGGAGAUGCAAUCCAACGGCGCUUGGUUAGCUAAUCAGCCCAUGCAACAGGCACAAUCUAUGGCUCAGCUCAACUGUGCCGGCUGUCAGACUCGCCAACAGCCGGGUUGGCCCCAACAGCCGCGCCAGCAACCGCAUAUGCAUCAGCAUCCCGACGACUGGUCACAGUUUGGCUCACAACAGCAAUUCAACCACUCAAAUCUGUCACUAAAUAUGGGGCCCGGCUAUCUGCCGCAACAGCAUCAGCACUAUCCACCGCCUGUAUUCAUGACACAGCGUGGCAUAAUGCCCAAUAUGUACCCACAAGGAUAUCCAGUCAUGCAUCCAGGUGUCAUGGGAAUGCCACCAGUAGCCGCCUCACGGGCUGCCUCACGACCACGCUACGCAGCUUCCCCUACGCCCAGUCGCAAGUCGCUCUCCAUGCGGCGCAAGCGUAGCAGCUAUGUGGAUGAUGAGCUAACGGAUGACGAGGACUCCGACCAAGAUGAUCGGCGAUCAAUGGUAUCGAAUCGUUCGGGAAUGACCAGCGCCUCACGCGCUCAUCAACACCAUCAACGUCAACGGCGCUUGUCGAGUGCCUCUCAAUUCAUAAAUAACGGCAAUGAUGACAUCGAUAGUGAGCAGCGACAUGGCCCGAGGCGACGUGAUCGUCGUGGUUCUAUUGCAAAAUCCGUACAGAGUGAGUGGCUACCCGAGCGACGUGAUUCGAGCGCCGGUGGUGGCACAUUGAAACGCCAAACCGAGCCGCAAAAGCCCAGCCGUAUCUACUCUGACCUUGAAUCAGAAGGUUCGGCCGCACGGGCUCUGGUGCAGGCCAAGAUACAGCAGAAGCUCAAAGAGACGGAACCGCAUAAGGCCAAAAAGACAGAAGCGAAGCCCAAGCGUGAAAUGAAAGACGAAAACACACAAGCCGCAGCGGUUGUCCAAAAGGUGCCACACAGAGAAAACACAACCGCUCCAGCCCCAGCAGGUAGUUCUGAAAGUGAGGAAGAGUACGAGGAGGUGGUGGAAGAGGUGUCACAAUCCGAAAGUGAAACAGAACAAUCUAAGCCCGCGCCAGAACUGAUUCCGACACAAGCUACAAAUGGCCCAGAAAAUGCAGCCGAGGUGGAGGCGGACGGAGAUGAUCUUGGACCGCCACCAUCAACACCGGAUCAUGAAUGGGAAUGCGAGUUCUGUACAUUUGUCAAUGAAUCAAAUAUCAAAAUCUGUGCAAUUUGCUGUAAGACUCCCAGCAAGCCGCCCGAGAAACCUAAGUCCAAAACCACACCCACAGCUGCCAAGGUUGAACCUAAGCCCGCAACGACUGCUGCUAUUCAGGUAUCCGCGACCCCAAAACCUGAGGUGAAGCUCGUUCGCAAGUCUUCUAUGAAAUCAUCGAAACCCAUUGAAAAACCUUCAAGCACUACUAGCACAGUAAACAACCAUAAAGCAACCACCUCGACAAGUUCAACGAACACGUCUGCGAAAGCUGCUGCAAAACCGGCGACGACUGCAACUGGAGAGUCAGCUAGCGCAUUGGCCAAGGGCUUCAUACACAAAGACUCCGUUGAGAACAUUUGGAAUACUUUAGAUGAAAGUAUUCAGGCACAAGCGGAGCAGGUGCUUAAGCAAGCUCAAAAGGUUUCGACGGGAUGUGGGGGCACUCCACCCAGGGAGCUUCCCACUGCUGAAGAGGCAAGAGAAGCGAGAGAAAUGGGCACUUCACCGCCUCCACAGAGCAUAUCCACACAAACCUACGAUGCUCUGCCUUUUCGUCGUGAAUCGGUGCCUGCCCAGACAGAAGAGCCCACAGCCGUCCCACAGGAGCGUUUUCGGACGCCUGAGCCGCCUAAAAUGGAACGUCGUCCCUACUACCGCAGCAGCUCUCAGCUCCAGCAGGAAAACGAUCGGUAUCGUAGUUCCAAUGACUUACGGUACAACAACGAAGGAUAUGGUGCUCUUGAGCAUUAUAACGCAAGCCAGUGGACAAAGCGUCCUAACUUUAUAAGCGAUCUAAAAACAUUGCAGCAUCAAACUUCGUCACCCUUCGACUUACCCCACGAACCUUUCGCCUACAAGCAUGAACCGGCUCGCGACCCUGAAACAGAGCUACACAUCAUACUCAAGGAACUUGAGCUGUACAAGUUCACUGUGGAGGAGCUUGAGGCGGCACUCAAGUACUGUGGUCCCGAAACACAUCCCAUUCAAUGGUUGCGUGAGAACUGGCACAAGUUAGUCUCAACCGUGCAGAGUCUGGCCACAAAGUACGGACAGGAGCGAGCAGAGAACACUAUUGGUACCGUGUCGCAGAACGAAGCACGCGAAGCACUGCGUAGUUCAAGUGGAAAUGUUUGGCAGGCCGUCGCCGAUUGCAUACAGCAACGCCAGCAAAAGUUUCGUAAGCUCUCCAGUAAGGGCAACUUCCUGAGGGACGACAUUGUGAAUGCGUUGACGGCACAUCAAGGUAAUUUGGAUCAGGCGCUGUUGGAAUUGAAUCGUACACAACUCAAACCAUUUCUAAUGCGCAUCUGGGGCUCGCCAAAUGGCGUGGAUAAUGAAAGUGGCAUCUUAGAUACCAAGUCGGAUAUACAAGAUUUUUUAAACACCCAUGCUUUGGAUUGCUUGCAACCACCACAGGCGGCUGGUGAGAGUCCCGCCAUCGCCAAUCCAUUUGACGCCCCAUACAUUGACGACAUUGACCACAGCCCUUCCAAGUCCGCAUAUGCCACGCCCAGUCCAUAUCAACUAGAAGACAGCACGCUGAAGAAUCUCGAGAUCCUCAUAGGCAAUAUGGAACAGAAUCAAGCCAAACAGAACCAAGAAGUAUUGCGUUCGAUUGAGACAAUGCUAGAAACCUUUAAAGGAAAACCCGAGCAGGACUAUGAGACAGAUCCAGAAGUUAUGCGAAUACUCACAAAGAGCCCCAUCAGUGCACCAAAAGCUCCUCUACUCGUCGAAGAUAGGUCCACCGACGAUGUCAAGAACUUUGUGUGGCAACACAUUCAAGAAAUAGUGCCUAAUUUAGUACAGCAAGUGGAGCAGGAGCUAAUGGAACGUCCAGAAGGCCAACAAACCGAUGAGGUUCCUGAGGUACCUGUCGUCAAAGUUCCCACCCCACCGCCUGUGGACCCUAGCAUUUAUAUCAUGGAAGAAGUGAUCAAGCCUAAUCUUAGGGAAGCCUCAAUACGAGAAGAACUGCCACCAAAUUUCAUUUAUGCAACAGAAAUAGCCAAUUUCAAGUUAGAGUUUGACCGAGGCUCGGAAACUACGCAUCAGCCAGAAUGGGAACCCGACGAUCUGAACGACGCAGAUAAUAUUGUAUACAUGAGUUAUUUAGCUCCAAAAGAAGUGGCUGCGGAAUCUAAAGAAUCGCCUCAAAAAUUGCCUCAAGCUGAAACUCUGGAAGACCAAUCACCUAAUAAAGCAGCUGCUGAGACGACAACUUCGCAGAUAGAAUCUGAAAAUGGAACCAAAACAAUUAAAGAUAUAAACACCCCUGAAGUCUUAACAACAGAGUCUCCAGCAGCAAUUACAACAGAAACUAUGAAAGCUUCGCUCCAAUCAGAAAUCAUAGCGGGAGAAAAAACAAAAUCUAAUGAUAUUCCAACCGAUAAUCAUGCAGUACAGGAAGAUGAUAAGCCAAGCACAAGCAGGGAAGCUAAUAGAAGAAAUAAAAGAUCACAGCUACCAAGAAAGGGCCGUACACGUGAUCAAAGCCAAAAGCCUACCAACCGAACUAAACUUUCAAAAGGCAUUACAGAUAAAAAGAAAGAAAGCAAUACAGACAAUGCGGAAAAACCAGGAGAAUCCUCAACUAAUGAUGUUGAAUCGUUACAAACCGAUGAACCUAAAGACACCCCUAGACAGACAGAAAUAAAUGAAUCGGCUCAGACGAAAUCCGACGAAACAGCAAACAAUGAGAUUGUUGAACUACAGACCGAUUCACAAGUCGAAACACAAGCAGUUCUAAAUGAGACCGAAACCGAUACUUUAGCAAAAAUAGUACAGCAUACUCCUACAGGCGAAGUACCCCUUGUUAAGGUAGAACCUGUGCAAGAAGUACAAGUUGGUGAUGCAGUUGAAGCAGUUCCAGAAAUAGUACAGCAUAUUCCUGUAGUCGAAGCACCCCUUAUUAAGGCAGAACCUUUGCCGGAAGUACAAGUUGGUGAUGGAGUUGAAGCAGUCCCAGCACAAAUAAAGCCUUUACAGGAGCCGCAAAAAACAGAGCCAAUUGAAUCGAACUCAGUUCCAAACGAAAUAACUGAAAAUAGCGAAGUGCUUCCACCUCACACCGACUCAGUUGAUAUUGUAACAGAAGAAAUUAAGAUGAUUGAAGCCGAGGCACAAUCACGAGCAGAUGAGCCCGCAUUAGACAGUCAAGAACAAAUAUUCAUAGAAGAUGAGGUUCCUGCAUCUGAAGUAAGACCCACGGCGAAUAACGUACCGGAACCAAUAACUGAUUCUCAAUUGGCAUCAAAUGAGGUGUCUGAGAUACAAGAAGAGGAAACUCCUACAUCAGUAGCGGCAGUUGAGCGAAAACGCAGUCCUAAGCGGUUUUCAAAAAUACCUGUGAGAACACAAAGUACCAACAGCCUGCGCAGUGAAAGCAAAGUGAAUAAACAAGUCCCCACAACAAGUGGCACACAAGAACAUAACGAAAAUGCUGACACCACUGCAGAAGAAACAGCUGCCGAAGAAACUACCCAGACUCAACAUGAAGACAGGAGUUUGGAAACGAUACAAAGCAACGCUAAACCUAUUACAAGCAUGGUAGAGCCCGUACCCUCAAUUUCUACACCAGCUGCCAUUAGUCCAGUUGAGUCUGAAGAAGUCUUUGAAGAUGCUGCCGAAUUCAGCAGCACCGAAGAAGUGCGGGCGCAAGACGAGGUCACAUCGGAGGCAGAACUCUAUAGCUUGGAUAGUGAUGAGCAGACUACCGAGCAGCGCGAUAACACCCGUUCGCCAGAAAGCGAAGUGCUGCUUGUGCUGAAUUCGGCCGAGGUAGCACAGGAAUCUACCAUAGCUAAGUCGACCAGCAGUGCCACAGUUAAUUCGCAUUCCAGUCACUCGGACUCUACCAAAAUGGUAUUGAAGGAGUUUAUACCAUCUGGUGAUCCUUCGAAGCAAAAUCUAAGUGAACUAGUGGAAGACACGCAGCGUCUAAUUAAGCAAAUGCGGGAGGAGAUCAGCAUGGACGAAUUUGAGUCCACUGACGACGACUACUCAGAAGACUAUUCCGAUGAGUACGACGAGGGCGAGGAAGAGGAGUGGUAUGACAGUGAGGGCGACGAAGAAGGCGAUUAUGAUGACGAAGAUGGCACAACAUAUGACGAACAAACUCCAUUUAUUGAAGAUGCCUCAAGUGGUGCAGCAAGACUGGAAAAUGGGGAGGAGGAGGGCACAGAAAUUGAGGACAUAUUAGAAGAAACGGAGAAUGAAGAUGACGAAGAGGAAACUGGACAGGCCCCGCAUGAAACAGUCAUGACAACAUCUAUCGCCACAUCCACAAACCAUGAACCUGUGGUACAUGAACUCACUGAGAUUGUUUCACCCACAGUACUGGACGCCGUCAUAACAGCAAUGAUUCCUACUGCUUCGGAGACCAUUGAUGGCGUUCCAACAACUCAAGUAAUGGAGACAGCUGAAACAGUAGCGAACUCCUCAACUCUACCUGCCGUUGAAGUCAUAAACAUGGUCGAGCCAAACGCAUUGCCUAUAGUACCUGAACCAGUCAUAGCUGAUUCUGAAAGUCGUCCAGCUGAGAUGCCAGCUGACAUCGUCCUUGAGGCCCAACAACCUGAAGAACAGACUGUGGAUGAGUCUAACGCCCUACCCAUUACUUCCCCACCCCCUAUAGCUGACUCCGAAAGUCGACCCAUGGAACUUCCCACAGAAACCGUUUUAGAGGAGCCAAAAAAGGUAACCCCAACCACAACAAAUAACAAACAAAAGACAAACAAAAAAGCCAACAACACAGAGGGGUCUAGCACCUCCAAAAGCAGCACAACAGUCAAUAAGACAACCAAAUCCACAGCCAGCAAAAUACCUAAGCCCACAAACGAACCAAACACUACCUUAGUCAACAAAAAAGUGCCCCUGCGCUCAAAAUCAUUUUCGGGUCCCCCCACUCCCAUGGGCAUUUCCUCUGUAAAACGCAUACAGCAGGAAUAUCUGCAAAAGCAGGGUCUCUCAAGCACUGGCCCGACGCACAGUCGGGUACCCACUUUCGUGCCCAAGAAGACCAUCAGUGACGCCAUCAAUAAAUUCAACAAACCAACCACUGACGGUCCUAGUACUAGCAGUGCUGCUGCAGCGGCUGUUAACGCUCUCUUCAAGACUCGUACACAACCACGCAUACCUAAGAAGAAAUACCACGAGACCUGUUUCUCAGACGAUGAUUACGAGACCUCCACAGCCGAAGAGGAUACGAGUGAUGAUUUAGCCUCUGCCCCCACCAAAGCUGAACUGCUGCAGCGUAAGCUUAGCAUACCCGUCUUUCGGGCAUAUCCAAGCGUUCAGGAACAGGUUAUAGAGGAUCCAGCGGUACUUGCACGAAAAUAUGUGGAUCAGGACCUAGUCUCCAAUAUAGCCGAGGCCCAAAUCGCCGCCACAUUGGUUAACAUGAAGUUCCAAGAGGAUGUGGCGCUCUGGGCAGCCAAGGAGUGCUCGGACCUGGAUCAAGCCAUAGCCAUGCUGCAACAAGAGUGCGAACUAUGUAUGAACAUGUAUCCCAUGAACCAGAUCGUAUCUAUGCUGAAGUGCACGCACAAGUGUUGCAAGCAAUGCGCCAAAAGUUACUUCACUGUUCAGAUAACGGAUCGCAGCAUCAAUGACUGCAGCUGUCCUUAUUGCAAAUUGCCAGAGCUGAGCAGCGAAUCGCUGCACGAGGACGAUCAUUUGGAAUACUUCUCCAAUUUGGAUAUCUUUCUCAAGAAUAUUUUGGACUCGGAUGUGCAUGAACUGUUUCAGCGCAAGCUGCGGGAUCGCACGCUUCUUCAGGAUCCAAACUUCAAGUGGUGCAUACAAUGCUCCUCCGGUUUCUUUGCACGACCCAAGCAGAAGCGCUUGAUAUGCCCCGACUGUGGAUCAGUCACCUGCGCUCAGUGCCGCAAGCCCUGGGAGAAACAGCACGAGGGCAGCAGCUGCGAGGCCUAUCUGGAGUGGAAACGCGUCAACGAUCCCGAAUUACAGGCACAAGGUGUUCAGGAGCAUUUGGCCCAGCAUGGCAUCGACUGUCCCAAGUGCAAGUUUAGAUAUUCGCUGGCUAGAGGCGGCUGCAUGCAUUUCACCUGCACUCAGUGCAAGUUCGAGUUCUGCUAUGGCUGCGCACGUCCCUUCAUGAUGGGCGCCAAGUGCAAUGUUUCGUCGUACUGCGCCAAACUGGGACUUCAUGCCCAUCAUCCGCGCAACUGUCUCUUCUACUUGCGCGACAAAAUACCGAUGCAGCUUCAGUUUCUACUGAAGGAGCAGAACGUCAGCUUCGAUACCGUGGCCAUCGAGCUAAGAGAUGAACCGAGUAGCUCGGCAACAGCGCGUGCCUCGGCACGUUGUCCCAUACCGCUACAAAAGGAGACACCACAGGGUCUGGUGGACACCGUCUGUAAUAGCGAGGUGCCCGAAAAACAUGCGGGCAUGUGCCGCACCCACUAUGUAGAGUAUUUGGCUGCCAAGGUGGCGAAGGCCGGCAUAGAUCCUUUGCCCAUUUUCGAUCUGACAGACUGCGUACAGGAGCUGCGAAGACGUGGCAUAGCCCUGCCCGAACGCGGACCCUGGGACACCGAUGAGAUCUACAAAAACAUGUGCUCUGAGGUAAUCAAAAAGAAUAUUCCACUGAAAUCCGCCUGAAUAAAUAGGAAUCUCCGAGGAGGAAAUGCUCGGCGGCUGGAGGCUGGCACUUAUUAGGCGACUGGCUUACUACUGCAGUUCUUCAUUAGUUUUAUGAUUUAUGCCAAAUUUUUCAUAGACAUUUUUAUAUACAUUGUAGACAGAUUAUACCUACCACAUACACCUAACAUAUUUACAUGCCUCCACACUAUACUAUACAUAUACUGUGUGUUUACGAUAUACUCGUACAUGACUUAUUUGUUUAGUUAUAAGCGAUUGAAAAUAGUUUCCCACACACCAGGCACAAACCAUUAAUGAAAAUAAACCCAUUACAUGUGGCGUUGAGUGCACAAAUAAAAAAAAUACCAUAAGCA